AUGUCUUCAUUACCAAUUAACCCUAAAGAUUGGAAUCUAGAAAAUAUCAUCACUUAUCUAGAGAAGCAGAAGGGCAAAUCGUUUGUUGAAGAAAAUAAUGUGCGUAAAAAAUUUGAACAACAAAAAAUUAAUGGCAUAUCCUUCCUUCUAUUGACGGAAGAAAUGCUUUCUCGUAAACCGGGCUUCUACGAAUUCCCACACGGAGUUGCGCUAGAAAUAGCCGAGACAAUUGGAAAACUAAACAAAGAGCGACAAGAAGGUGAUAAAAUCGGUAAAGAAAUUGGAAACUUGGUUGCUAACAUGUCCAAAUUGUCUACAAACGACACACCAGAUCUUGAUCCAGCUCAAAAUGCCAACAAGUCUGCAGAAGUAAAAUUAUAUCAAUUAUACACCAGUGGAUAUAUCAAACGUAAUGAUCCAUUACUUUAUUAUAGAAGUACCGCACAUGGCGAUACUGUUAUCUAUGGAUGCAAGAUUGAGGAUAUUGACGAGAAGGGAAAAAUUACUAUCAUUUCUGACAUCUCUGGAAAAAAAAGCUUUACUAGUUUAAAUGACCUCGAAAUAAAAAUUCUCGAAGAAGAUAAACAAAAGAACAAUCGUGAUAUAGGUAGAACCGCAAAGGCUCCUUUAUAUUUUUUUGUUGGAAAAUCAAUCACAGAGUUAAAAAAAAAGUACGCGGUAGAACAUGAUGCAGUAAACGCUAAGGAGAUCUGA